GACCGCUGAGACGGGUGCAAUGCCAGACGGUGGAGGACCGACGGUGUAAUCGACCGAUGCCAUUGGGAACUGUCAACGCGCGCAAAGGAGAAACGGAGAGAAGAAAAGUGCGUGUGUGACACACAGGGGAGGCGCGUUUUUUAGCAAGUCACCAUUUUACCAAAACAAAGUGUGAAUCUUGCGCGAAGUUAGUUUUCGGAGUUUGCGAGAGAAAAAGUGGGUUAAAGCUGUGGAAGUUUAAUUUUAUUGAAAUUAAAACACGAGCACACCUCAGCGAAGGGAGCAACAGAAACUGCACCGUCGUCGCCUACCGUCACUGAACGCUACAUUGGACAGUGUCGGUAGUUUGAAGUGGAACGAAGGAAGAGGAAGAGGAAGAAGUAGGAGGAGAUAGAGGAAAUCGUUGGAAAGGAAGACUAAUUAAUUUUGUAGCUGUCGAAAACGACUGCUGACAGAAAGUUAGUUUUUUACUGACAAUCACCCGAACAAACUACAAAAUUAAUUACGGGUCCAGUAAUCCUCUCCACGAUGGCCGACGAAACAACAUUCUGCGGUGCGUGUGGACUCUUCUUCGACAACGUGGAUCGGAUAAUCACCUGCGGCAGAUGCGACAUGAUUUACCACUCACGCUGCGUGGACGCAACGGCGGCGGAAAAUGAGUGGUGCUGCCCGGAAGGUUGUUGGUGCGAAGAGGACAAAGAAGCCCAAAGCAACAACAAUAACGACGGUUCUACGAACUCAUCCGAAGAAGCAAGCGAGAUGCCAGAUGCGGCGACCGAACCGGAAAAGCCGGAGGUCGUCAAGGUAGCGUUGGAUCAGCAUGCGGAGCAGUUCGAUGCUGAACGUUGGAUACGGGAGAAGCAGCUAGAAAUCGAGGUAGAACUAGCAGAACGGCAGGCCCGGAUAGAUCGCGAGCUGCAAGCCAAAGAAAAGAAGAUGACCGAAGCAAUCCGGAAGAAGAUGCGACGGUAUGAAACAAACGUGAGGCUUGAGCAGAGGAAAAAGUCGGACCACAACAGGCGAAUGGCAGAAUUGGAUAGCUCGUACCGUAGAAGGUCCUCGCUCAUCGACGAGCAGCUGGAGCUCAUCAAAUUCGGCUUCGAAAAGCUCCUGCCAUCCCCCCAAAUCGUUGACUUGGCGAAGGAGGAGGAGGAGGAUGCAGAAAACGAAACGGAUGCUGAACGCGAUGAAAACUCGUCGGAUCCGGGCGAAGAGAGCGAUGGAAGUUUGAAAGUUCGCGCAGAGGACACCAGCGAGAACGAGACGAAGCUGUUAAUGCAAGAUUUCGUCAGUAUAAGUCCAAACGGGCUGGGGCAGCAGUGUUCCGGAUUUGAGAAGGCACGACUGGCCGCGGGCGGGGGACUUACAAGACAGUCUCCUUGUUACCCGAUCGACCCAGUACAGUGGCCAAAGUCUCUCGGAACGCGAGAAGGAUCCUCAACCCAUGGAGUGACGGACGAACGAAAUCUUGUGGGGUUUCGCCACUUGCUUGAAGGUGGGGCGCAAAAUACUGGACACUUUCCUCGCCAUCUGUCCGAGCCAGACAUCGUAAAGCGUCAUCUGUCGUUGGAAUGCCCGGAACUACUGCCACAAUGCCGUUUGGAGGAAGCAUGCGAGGCCGAGCGUUCGGUCGACGGACUUGAACAAAUCAAAUCGCUCGAAAUCGUGGAAGACAUACUGCGCGAGCAGAUGGAGGGGGCGGAUCUCACGCUUGAGAAUCCGCUCACAAAACAAGACCCAGCCAGCGUUCUCCUAUACGCGGAGCAACGGCUCUGGGCACCAACUAGGUCGACGGAACCAAAGAUUUUCUUGUUGACCAACCCGGAGACGAUAGCCGGGACAAGCAGAAGAGGACAGAUAGAGGAAGCGGCUCUCUACUGUCUGAAAGAGGACAGCUCGGGACUGAGCAGGGCCAACCAAAUGCCACACACAUGCGACGAUCAUCAGUGGCGGUUCGGCGAGGGGAUCGAAAAGCUGUCCGUCGACGUCCGCAUGCAGCUCGUCGCAAACUGGAAGUUCGGCGACGACUUGAAAUGUCAGCUGGAGAAAUUCGGCCAACGCGAUGCGUGCCGGGAGCUGCACAUCCUGGUAACUCUUCCGCUCGUGAGCACGGUCGACUUCAGCCCGCAAAAAGAAUUCACCAGGGAUGCAUCGACUGCGGACGCGGCCACUUCUGUCGCAUUGAUCGAAUGUGCACAAGCAGUUCGACCGGUACUCGGAAGUGUAAGGGCGAUGCUCUGCCUACAGCAAAUGGCGGAGACACGUGGCGCGUGGCCAAGAAUCACGCGGAACAGUGGGUGGAAUUUUGCGGUGAGGACAACCGGCGGCGAAAAAUGGCUACUGUCAUCGGUGCGUCAGAAACCACACUUGAGCCACCACAUGUUGAAAGCAGAAGAGCUAUCGGCGCAUAACAGCAUCGAUGUAGCGGCUGACGACGCUCGGCGGGAAGAAUUCUUCGGAGAGCUGAGAUCGAUGGAGUCGGUUGUAGCAGUCGAGGUGAAUCUGCACCAAGCAUCGUUUGAAGAUCUGGACAGUCCGAAGGAGCACAGUACACUGCUGAGUUCGGCGGCAUGUGCUCAACAAGAUCCGGCGAGUACUGAUCGAACAACGCUGAUAAACGGUGCAAGAGACUCGAAAAAUGCUGGUCGCGACAAAGGUGGCAGCAUCGACAAAUUACUCCAAAACAACAGCACGCCGCUGAGGAACCCAAGCGUUGGACUUUUGCCGAAAGGUUCUCGGAUCCCAACGAACGCCGAGGUUGAUUACGGUGGAGGCAACUACGGCGUGGGGAAUCAACCCUGUGCGAUGGCUUCGGCGAGAGCUGUGGCAUACAAACAAGAUGAUCUGGGACUAGGUAUCCCGGACAGCACUGCGAGACUGUGUGCGGCGCAACCAGUGAUCGUCGUUGAGCAACUGGCAGAGCAUAUCGGUGUGCAGAAGCCGACGACUGGAAACGUCAGGAAGACGACGAACCUGGAUGCCACCAAGCGCAACGCGAUGGACAACAACAAGUACAAGUGGGCAAAAAAGCAGAUAAACCAGGUGAAGCACUGGUCGAUUGGCAAUCGGCCGCAGCAGGUAGACUUGGAAACCGGAAACUGGAGGUGCGUAGCUGAAAGAAAAACGGUGAACGCAGCGGUGAUAGAGAUUUUUGGUAAAUCCGACGCGCCGGACGGCCCGACGGAUGUUACGGGCUGGGGUGUUACGACCGCUGAGACGGGUGCAAUGCCAGACGGUGGAGGACCGACGGUGUAAUCGACCGAUGCCAUUGGGAACUGUCAACGCGCGCAAAGGAGAAACGGAGAGAAGAAAAGUGCGUGUGUGACAC